AUGCAAAUCAAGGCUCUUCUUGCAGCCCUCGCGGGCGCAGCCAUGGUGGUCGACGCUGCCGAUAUCCGCCGCUCGCCAAUCCAUGCCGCCAUCGAGCGUCGUCAGAACCGCAAUGGCGGCCAAGGUGGCCAGGGCGGCCAGGGCCAGAACCGAGGUGGCGGCAACGGCAACAACCAGGGCGGUGGCAACGGCAACAACAACAACCAGGGUGGCCAAGGUGGUAAUGGUGGUUUGGCGCUCUCCCAGAACGUCGUGCAGCGCGGCUCCGCCAACGAUGGCAACAACCCUGGCUCCAACGAGCAGGCUGCUUCUGCGACUUCCAACAACAACUUUAUCAACUUUUGCCAGGGCAAGACGUUGACCAACGGUGCCCAGGUCCGCGCUGGAUCCUGCAACGGUAUUCCCAUGGGUAACAUUCCCGCCACCACCAAGAUGGUCUCGAGCGUCUUCAUCAACCCCCAGAACGGCGACAACAUUGCUGCCAAGAAGGACUUUGAUAUCCAGGUGCAAAUGCUCAACUUUGCGCCUGGCUCCUUCACCAACGCCACCAACACCUACUACUCGGCGCCGCAGGACCUCAACCAGCAGGGCGUCAUCAUCGGCCACACCCACGUCACCGUCCAGGACACGGGCAAGACCCUCAACCCCCAGCAGCCUCUGGACCCCCAGAAGUUUGCCUUUUUCAAGGGCAUCAAUGACGCCGGCAACGGCCGCGGCCUCCUCUCGGCCAAGGUCACCGGCGGUCUCCCCGCCGGCAACUACCGCUUGUGCAGCAUGUCUUCCUCUGCCAACCAUCAGCCCGUCCUCAUGCCCGUCGCUCAGCGUGGUGCUCAGGAUGACUGCGUUCGCUUCACCGUUGGUGGCCAGCAGGGUGGCAACAACAACGGCAACGGCGGUGCCAACAACCAAAAUGGCCAGAAGCAGGGCGGUCAACAACAGGGUGGUCAGCAGCAGGGCGGCCAGCAGCAAGGUGGCCAGCAGGGCGGACAGCAGGGUGGACAGCAGGGUGGACAGCAGCGAGGCGGGCAACAGCAGGGUGGCGGCCAGCAGCAGGGUGGUGGCCAACAGGGCGCAGACAAAGGUGGCCUGGUGAACAAUGGCCAAGUCAACGGCGGUCAGCAGCAAGGUCAGAAGCAGGGAGGCCAGCAGCAGGGUCAGAAGCAGCCCGGUCAGCAGCAAGGUCAGGAUCCCCAGCAGGGCCAGGCCGGUCGCCAGGGUCAAGGUCAGGCCGGACAGCAGCAAGGCCAGGACGGUCAGAAGCAAGGCCAGGCUGGACAGCAGCAAGGUCAAGACGGUCAGAAGGGCAACCUCCGCAACAACGGCCAGGUCGCCAACGGCGGCAGUGGCGGCGCUGGUGCGGGCAAGGGCGGCGCCAGCAAGUCGUCGGCCCUCGGCGGCAUUGGUGCGCCCGAUAUUAGCCAGACCCAGGAUCAGAACCGCCCUUUUGGCGUCUCGGACAACAGCUUCACGACCAAGGGCGAGGCGGUCCAGCGCUCUUGCGAGACGCAGCGCGCGGCUUGCCAGAACGGCGUGCAGUCGGGCGCCGUCAAGAAUGUCGAGAUGCCCGCGUGCGACACCCAGAUGGCCCAGUGCAUCUCUGACCUGUCGUAA